UUCCGUUCCAUGCUAGAAAUGCGCACUUUCGACGCCUUGCCAUGGAUUGACUUUGAUGUGAGUCGUGCCGGAAGAUGUCAGAGGAUCUUGUCUCUUCUUUGCGGGAUGCAUGCCUCGGACCCUUCGACUUUGCAUGGCUGUUGGAGCGGGUGGCAGAUUUCGGACAAGAGCAUCCAACAUGGCACGGUUCAGAGCACAAAAUCGACUGGAAGCAAGGCAGUCCACCUGCACCCAUACAGCUGCUGGUGCCAGAGAUGAUUCUGUUCCAUGCAGACAAACCUCACUGCUUGUUCUUCACCGACUGCGCUGGCUUUUUGCGAGCCUCCGUCCGUGCUUUGAAGCAGCCGCACGUGGUUUACCACUGCAUGGAACAGAUCCUGAAGCAACGCAAGGAAUCGGAUAUUGCUUGGCAGGCCGAGAUGGAGCAAAGUUACUCCCGGCGUUGCUCACGCAGCAGCGAAGUAAGUGAGAUGCACAAAACACCAUCACUUCGGAAGCCACGGGCUACCGUGGUCAUGAAGAGUCCCCUGACAUUGCGCAAGAAUUUCUGGAGGUUAUGGGUGGAAGAACAGCAUCAGCAGCUGCCAGAAGGUGAUGUCGCAGAACGCCUUGCAGGAACCCGAGGGCUUGGAUGGCCUGAAGGCACCAGGCUCCUGCAGGCGAGCUUUUGGAACUCUGAGAAGUUUAUAACGUACGACUAUGAUGCCAUCCAUUCUGACGUCAAAGGAGCCGUACAUACACGCUUGGAGGACAUCAUCAACAACCACUUCGAGCGCUACACAUUUCUGGACUCGGUUCGUGAUCGGAACAAGAUCUCUGCUGUGCCCAACUUGUUGGCCCAGCGCUUGGCAUACUAUUGCAACCUGGAGUUGGUGUCUGGCAAAUUCACCUUCUACAAAGACAAAAGGAGCCAAUUGUGGCUGGUCGACGCGACCGACUUGCUGCUGGUGGCCACCGCGACUCGAACCUCGAAGGGCUCCGACGGGACCUCUUCAGCAUCUGAAGCUUUGCCACAGAAGCUCUUCCGAUACCUGUCAGAAGAAGCCUUGCAAAACCUGCCCGUCACGGAGCAGGACGGUCCGAAGCACCAACGGAUGUUUGAGUUGAUGAUUUCCUACUACCAAAAUAUGAAGCAGCAAUAUCGCGUUGAUCGCAUGCUACAGAAAGUUCAGCAAGAACUGGACACCAACGUGCCGGUCUUUGAAGGUACGGAUCUUGAGGCUCUCAGCAAGACCUUUGACCUCAAGGGCUCCAGGUCUAGCAACUCGUCCAGCUCUCCACGCCGGUUGCAGGUGCCUCAGAAGCGCCAGGGCCACCCCCACCGCUGCCGUUGGUACAGCGCGGCAGCCGUGCAGGAGGUGCCCAAGAGGCGGUCGCGGCAUGGCAAGCACAUGGCAGCGAUCAUCGCUCGACAACGGGAACGUCAGGAGGAGGAAAGCUCACUUGGAGAACAAUCCGCAGCGCCCAUCGAAGAGAUGAGGAGCCCCAAGAGUUCGGGUUUCUUCACUGAUGGGCGUCGAGGUAGCAAAACCAGGCCCAUGGGCGGGACUGCUACAUUUCAAAAAACAGUAUCGGCAUAACAUUUGUACACCAUAUAUAUACUGUAUAUUUAUAUGAACACAUCUCGGGUCUCCAGCCGUUGAAGGCAUAUGUGCAAUUGAACAAUGGGAUCUUCCAGAUGCAAUGUAAAGAUUGCCAUUCCACAUGUUUGCUCUAUGUUUCAAAAAAAAUUAACAUUGAACCGAUUGAAACUGAACCGCUUGGGAGAGCCAAGGAUCAUCCUCAAAAGACCCAUUGGUCCCAGCCCUAAAUAGAAGACAGCUGAGAACCUCCAGAGUUUCAGGCCAUGUCCUCAAUUGGAUCGCAAAGCCGUGAAGAUUGAGAUUGUGUCUACGGCAAUAGCCAUGGACUUGCUGGAAGGUGCAGGCACUGGUGCAUGUCCGGAAGGCUCCACUACGAUGGAUCUUCUGAGGUGAAUCACGAUUACAGACCAACGGUGAUGUCAAGAUGUUGGUUUGAAGUAUCUUGCUCCGCCUUGAACCUUUUCCAAGAGAUGCUGAUGUUUCAAGACUUUAGGGUGUUUGUUAAGGCCACAGAUCUGUCCACCGGGACAAGGCCUUCAAAUGACCCGAAAAAAUGCCGUGCCCUGCGCACGAGUCGU